AUAUUUAUGAAGAUAUAAAAAUAUAAUGUUAAAAUUUGAAAACUGAAGCUAACAAAUGUGAAAUAAUAACAAUUAAAUAGGGGGUUAUAAUACUCUUUUAUGUAUAUAUAACAUUAAUUAGCAUACUGAGUUACUGCAAUAUUUGGACAUUACUACACUAAUAGUAAGUGUUAUUAAUACUGAACAUGUACUCUAAUGUAAAGUUUAUUGUUGUUAACCCGUUAAAGUUUCCCAAUGGGUACAACAACUCAACACUCAAUUCCUUGGCCUAAAAUCUUGAAGCCAAUCCUAAUAAUACUGAUCCCAACCCUAGUUCUUGUCACCUUUAUCUCUCUUGACUAUAAUCUUGACAAUUUGCCAUUCUUAAAAUUGCGUGAUAUUAAUGUCGAUGAAUCACUGACACCACCAUUGCGGUGCCGUGCUGUUAAUGACUCCAUAAGCUUGAGAUUAGGGGAUAAAUGUGAUAUGUCAAUUGGGAAAUGGGUACCAUAUCCCAAGGGGCCUGCUUAUUACACAAACAAUAGUAGAUGUGUGAUUCAAGAUGCGCAAAAUUGCAUGAAGUAUGGAAGACCAGACACAGAGUUCAUGAAGUGGAGGUGGAAACCAGAAGAUUGUGAGCUGCCUCUGUUUGAUGCAGCUAGGUUUUUGGAGAUUGUGAGAGGGAAGUCCAUGGCCUUUGUUGGGGACUCAUUGGCAAGAAAUCAAAUGCAAUCGCUAGGGUGCAUGUUGAGUAGUGUAAGUACAAAAAUUAACGUGUUGCGUAUAUUCAUAGCCAAGAAUUUUCUGUUAUUAAAUUUCUUUAUUCCUCAUUCCAAAACACUUAUAACUGUUCGAUCGUUAAAAAAAUUUGUUGUUUCUAAAAGAACUUUCAAAAUUGCUCUCAUUUGGAAAUUACUUGAUGUUGCAAGUUUUGUAGAACAAUCAAAUACAACGGACAUAAAAUUUAGACGCUGGUUCUACCCUGAUUACAAUUUUACACUACAACUUUCAAGGACUCCUUUUCUGGUUAAGGCACGUGGUGUGAGUCCUUACCCGGCAAAGCCCAUUGACCUCUACUUAGAUGAGGUACAUGAGGUUUGGCCAACUCAGGUCGAAGCUUUCGACUACGUGAUCAUCUCAAUUGGACAUUGGUUCGCUAAGCCAGUAAUGUACCACGAAAAGGGUAAGGUUGUCGGGUGUAGCUCGUGCAAGGAAAAGAACAUAAAAGACCUCACCAUGUAUUAUGGAUACAGGGUGGCUUUAGAAACUGCAUUUAGAACUCUGAUUAAUCUUCGUCCCUUUAAGGGGAUAGUUUUUCUGAGGACUAUAUCACCGACGCACUUUGCAGCUGAGGAGAUGAAAGGAAGAGGGAAUUGUAUAAGGACGAGGCCGUUUGAAAAGAGAGAAAUGAAGUAUGAUUGGUAUAUUUCGACGUUUCACAUGAUGCAGAUGGAUGAGUUUCGGGUUGCAAAGAGGAAAGGGAGGGAAAGGGGAUUGAAGUUCAGGUUGUUGGAUGUGACUGAAGCCAUGAGUAUGAGACCAGAUGGUCAUCCGAACCAUUAUUGGCACCCACCUGUAGGGAAUAAAAGGCAGUUUUAUGAUUGUCUCCAUUGGUGCUUGCCAGGACCCAUUGAUACAUGGAAUGAACUUUUACUUCAGCAGUUGAAGACAGAAGAAAAUGAAGGUGAGACCUAUUGAUAUAUGAAAACAAAGAGUGUUUGCUUGAGAUAGAAGAUAGAAGCAGGGGAAGGCCUCAAAUGAUGAGAAAAAACCUUUUUUGUUUUUUGGGUCCAACAAUGCUACAUUUCUAUAAAUUUUUAAAAUGUUUACCUCCAGACAGUAUCUAUUAUUGGGACUUAAUUUUGAAUCAAAUUCAUUCUGUGGGAUCAAACUUUU